AUGUAUCAAUUCAUUAGAAAUCUGUUACCAUCAAGAGAGAAGGAGAUAAAGAAACAGGAUGCAUUGGAGGAUAUAUCAAGCACUGUCAAUGAAGCAAAGCAAGAGGUAUCAUCAGUGAAUGACAUUGAAUUUGAUCUCUCAUUGGCAAUCAAGAAGACAUCCAAUCAAAUUGAUGAUCUCGAGAAGAAGAGGAAUGAUCUUCAGAAUCGUAUGCAACUAAUGGAGAAGGUAUUGAAGGAUAUGAGUUAUCAACAGUUGAAUGAGGUUCAGUUGUCAAAGAAGAAGGCAUUGGAGAAACAGUUGAAUGGUGUUGUAAAGAACUCAUUGGAUGGUCUAGAGUUUGAGAUUGAUCAAUUGACAAGGAAGCUCUUGCUGCUCAAUGAGAAGAGAGACUAUAUCACACAGAGGAUGGUUAUCACACAGUCUGGCAUUGACGAUGCAGUCACACUGCCCACAACAGGUUCAGCUAUUGAUCAAGAUCAAGUGUUGGCUGGCAACAUCUCGUCGUCGUCGUCAUCAAAGAAAUAUAAUGAUGAGGAUGAUAAUGGAGGCAUUGGUGCUGAUCAAUCAAAGACAAAGGAUAUGACAUUGGAUAUUGAUACAGAGAAGGAGAAGGAAAGACAGAGGACUGACAGCAAGGCCGCACUCACUGGCGAUAACAAUGUGUAA